AGACGAAGAAGAAGAUGGAGUCAGAAACAGGACGUUGCGUCUAAUCUGGGAACCUGCGGACUGCCGAACAUCAAUAAACCCGAACCCUGUCUAGCUUUCUGAACAACUGUCCGUCUGUCCUGCGUGUCCGCGUAUCACCGACAGCUGGACUCGAAUCGGGUUCCCCGGGCUCACAGAAGUUCCUCCCGUCGCUCACUCGUCAUGGUGGACUACUACCAGGUUUUAGGAGUACGGAGAGAAUCGUCCGCGGAAGACAUAAAGAAAGCCUACAGGAAGCUGGCGUUGAGGUGGCACCCUGAUAAAAACCCCGAGAACAAGGAGGCGGCCGAGAUCAAGUUCAAGAAGCUGUCGGAGGCUUACGAAGUCCUGUCAGAUGCCAACAAGAGGACCAUAUACGAUCGCUACGGCAAGGAGGGGCUGACGGGCACCAACGGAGGCCGAGGGGGCCACUUCCACAACGGGGACCACUUCCACGACCAGUUCACAUUCCGCAACCCGGAGGACGUCUUCAGGGAAUUCUUCGGCGGCAGCGACCCGUUCGCGGACUUCUUCGGUCCAGACCCGUUCAGCGACGAUCCGUUCUUCGGCAGCGGCCGGCGGCACCAAGGCCGGGCCAACCGCAGCCGGACGGGCGGCACGUUUUUUGGGGGCUUUGUCGGGUUUCCCCCGUUCGGUGCCGGCUUCUCACCUUUUGACCCAGGCUUCGGCUCUUUCGGCUCCAUGAGCCACAUGGGUCACAUGGGCCACAUGGGCCACAUGGGUCACAUGGGUCACAUGGCCAGCCUGGGGGGCGGAGGCUUCACCUCGUUCUCCUCCUCCUCCUUCGGGGGCGGAGGAGGAGGCAUGGGCAACUUCCGCUCCGUGUCCUCCUCCUCCAAGAUCAUCAACGGCAGGAAGAUCACCACCAAGAGGAUCAUAGAGAACGGCCAGGAGCGGGUGGAGGUGGAGGAGGACGGGCAGCUGCGGUCGCUCACCAUCAACGGCAAGGAGCAGCUGCUGCGACUGGAGCAGAAGUGAGGGGGGCGGGGGGCGGGCGGACAGACAGACAGACAGCGCCCCCUGCUGGAGAAGCGUUACCUCGGCACAACCGGCAACACACUUGAGCUUCGGGAGGAGCGGGAAGAAGAAGAGGAGGCGGAGAACCAACAACAACAAUGUAAUAAUAGUGCUCUCCUGUUGUUUGGAUGUACAUACCUAGGUUUGUGUCCCCCCCCCCACGUCCUCCCCCGCCCCCCCGCUGACUCUCAUUGGCUCCCCGGCGGUUCGAUUCCCAGGAUUCGGACGCAGACUUUUUUUUCCUAUGCAUUUUUGUUAAUGUGUUUCUGAAGUUGAGCCGUCCUCGUUUCGUCGCUCAGGGUGGUGUUAUUGUUUCAGUGUUUGGGACCACAGUAUUGCUCUGAUGUAUAUGACCCCCCCCCCCCCCCCACCCACACACCUUCCAUGAUGCACUCCACUCAGUCUGUGUUACGACACACACACACACACUGCAUUCAGAAAACAAAGCAUGAAUUUGGCUUUUUCCAUCUGAAUAGUAAAAAAAGAGAAAGUGUUGCGUGUUGCAUUUGAUGCUGAUUAUUAUUUUUUUAAUGUGGGUAUAAAAUGACAGAAGCUCCCCCCCCCCCCCUGUUUACUGCUUGUCUAACCCCUUCUUAGUAAUAAUUACUUUUUUAUAAAAUAAAAAUACAACGCUGGUAGGAUGAGUUAUGCAAUUUUAUAUGUUCUGAACAACGUGUUUUCUUUCCUUUGUUUUUCUUUGUCUAUUUAAUUGUGCAUGUACACCUGUCGACGUCGAGUCUUAAUGUUGAAGCUGCAUCCUGAUGCACAGAGGAAGGCAUUCUAUAAAUGAUAUAUGGACAUAGAAGGACGUGUGUGUACUUUGUUAUUCAAUAAAUCUUGAGUUUCAUCCUGUUUUCAGGAUGCGGAAACACGUC